UGUGGUGUUUGAUUCCAUGGUAACGCUUGUACUUUGCGGUAGGGUGAGACUCCUUGUUUUCGACUCUGCUACAUCGGUAAUGGAGCCACGGAGACACAUAAUUGCUACUGUGAUGGACUACGUACAGCGGGCGAUGCGCAAAACUAGUGGCGCAGAGGACCACUGCCGGGACGCCAACGUUCUGGUCGACUAUGCAAAUGUGCCUAGGCAAAGUUCAGGAUCGCUGGAUUGCGGUGCGUUUGUCAUCUAUUACGCAUUUAAAAUUAUUACGCGUGAACUAACCGUCGCCGUUGGACAACUAAGUGUGGAAUCACUAACCCAAGUCGACUAUGGCCUUAAGAUGAGGGACCUGCUGAAGGAAAUCGAACAGCUACGCUUAGGAACGAUAACGCAGCCGUGUUUUGGAGGUCGUGUUACAUGAGACAGCAGAGUCGAGCGUCCGAAAAGUGGUUGAUUGGCAGUGUGAGGCGGCGAAUGUGUCUUACACGGAUUCGGAUGCAGAGACUGUGCCCGCGACAGACUUUCGAGAGGAACUCGAGCCGGCGACGUCUGCGGUCGCGCAGACUCGUACCAACGGGGCUGAAUGGCAUCGCUGGGCGGAGAAUGUGCCUUACGUGGAUUCAGAAGCGGAGACUGUGCCUGAAACCGAUUGCCGCGAGGAAUACGUUCCGUCGACGUCUGCGGUCGCGCAGGUUGCUACAAACAGGGCUGCGUGUGCGCCGACUGUAUUGACUCUCCCGGCGACACUUCCUGCACCACCAACCCAGUAUGACACUUUGCCGAUUGGAGAAAACAAGACUUUGAAGGUGAUUACUAGUACCAGCCGGGUUGUGAGCACCAGGACAGAAAUUUCUCCGAUCGAGGACGUGGCAAUCGCCAAGGCCAAGAACACGCCAGUUGAUGUAGUGUCCGAUUUGCCUCCGAUUAUAAUUGCGGGAGUAGAUAUGACGCCCGGACCCGUGGAGGCGGUGGUAGACGUGGCGGCGGUGGCCACGGAGGUGCACGGGGAUGCCGUUGGCAAAGUGCCUGCAACAGGUUUAAACCCGAAAAAAAAAACAAAUGAAGACGGCUAGGAGUAUUGCGGUGCAACGUCUAAGGAUUGGCGACCACCCAAGGAAAAGAAAAAAAA